UUUUUUUUUUCACUUUUGCUUAGUAUAUUCGUGGUUUGAUUCUGACACGAUCGGUGACUUUGCCAUAUAUGACAUCCUUCACACACACGAGAGGUAGAAAAAUGAAAAACCUCCGUGGACUUUUGUUGGCCUUCCUAAUUUUGUCUUUUGGCAUUUCCGAUUUUCCUCAAGCACAAGAUCAACAAGGAUUCAUCAGCUUGGAUUGCGGAUUGCAAGCCAAUGAGUCUCCUUAUACUGAACCAAUGACAAAAUUAACAUUCAGAUCCGACGCCGAUUUCAUCAAAAGUGGAAAAAGCGGCAAGAUUCAAAAUGUUCCGGGUAUGGAGUAUAUAAAGCCAUACACGGUUUUGAGAUAUUUUCCGGAUGGAGUACGAAACUGCUAUACUCUUAGCGUCGUACAAGACACAAACUAUCUGAUCGUAGCCAUGUUUAAUUAUGGAAACUACGAUAAUCUUAAUAGACACCCAAAGUUCGAUCUUUAUCUAGGUCCAAAUAUAUGGACCACCGUCGAUUUGCAAAGACAUGUAAACGGAACAAGGGCGGAAAUCAUUCAUGUACCAAGGUCAACUUCUUUGCAAAUUUGUCUUGUUAAGACGGGAACAACUACGCCGCUAAUAUCAGCUUUAGAACUACGACCAUUGAGAAAUGGUACUUAUAUUCCUCAAUCUGGCUCCCUCAAGAAAUUGUUCCGCGUCUAUUUGACUGAUUCCAAAGACAUUGUUCGGUACCCAGAAGAUGUCCAUGAUCGUCUUUGGAGUCCAUUCUUCAUGCCGGAAUGGAAAUUGCUAAGAACAAGUCUCACAGUCAACACUUCUGAUGAUAACGGCUAUGACAUACCAGAAGAUGUAGUGGUUACGGCAGCCACACCUGCAAAUGUGAGUUCACCAUUAACCAUUUCUUGGAAUUUGGAAACACCUGACGACUUAGUUUAUGCAUACCUUCACACCGCCGAGAUCCAAUCCUUAAGGGACAAUGAUACCAGGGAAUUCAACAUUAGCGCAGGUCAUGAUGUUAACUACGGACCUGUUAGUCCUGACGAGUUUCUAGUUGGUACUCUAUACAACACAUCACCAGUUAAAUGUGAAGGAGUGACAUGCCAUUUGCAACUAAUAAGAACUCUGAAAUCAACUCUCCCUCCCCUCCUUAAUGCUAUUGAGGCUUUUAUAACACUGGAGUUUCCGCAGUCCGAAACUAAUGCAAAUGAGGUCAUUGCUAUCAAGAGCAUAGAAAAAAGCUAUCAAUUAAGUAGAAUUAGUUGGCAAGGAGAUCCAUGUGUUCCUCAACAAUUCUUGUGGGAUGGUCUUACCUGCGAGUACACCAAUAUGUCUACACCACCAAGAAUUCAUUCCUUAGACUUGUCCUCAAGUGAACUAACUGGAAUUAUAGUUCCUGAGAUCCAAAAUCUUACGGAGCUUCAAAAACUGGACUUGUCAAAUAAUAAUUUAACAGGUGCAGUACCUGAAUUUCUAGCCAAAAUGAAAUCAUUGUUAGUCAUAAACUUAAGCAAAAACAAUCUUAGUGGUUCAGUCCCUCAAGCCCUUCUUGAUAAAGUGAAAAAUGGGUUGAAAUUGAAGUAAGAUCUUCUCAAUUAUAUAUUUGUCAUUCAAUAGUUGAUUGUCAUUGAGAUCUGAUGUCUUAAUUUGUAUUAUGUCUUCACUAACACUUAAUUAGCUUGUUUACAAUAUUAGCAUUGAAGGAAAUCCAAACCUUUGUUCUUCCAGUUCAUGCAACAAAAAGAAAAUUAGCAUCAUGUU